AUGAUCGUCAGCUGGUGCCCCCAGCAGCAGGUUCUGGCGCAUCCCGCGGUGGCGUGCUUCGUGUCGCACUGCGGGUGGAACUCGACGAUGGAAGGGGUGAGGAACGGCGUGCCGAUCCUGUGCUGGCCCUACUUCGCCGACCAGUUCACGAACCGGAGCUACAUCUGCGACAUCUGGAGGACCGGCUUGGCCGUGACGCUCGGAUAUGGAGUCGUGACGAAGGAGGAGGUGAAGAGCAAACUUGAGCAGGUCAUCGGCGACGAGGGAAUCGCGGAGAGGGUAGGGAUGCUCAGGAAUGCAGCGCGUAGGAGCAUCGGCGAGGGCGGGUCCUCGUAUGAGAAUUUCCAGAGAUUUGUUACCCUCCUAAACGAGUGA